AGUGCGGGUUUCAAUUUUAAGACUGUAAUUCUGCAGCUCUAAAAUGUUUGUUUUAACAUCCGGUUCAUUCCUCAAAAUUAUACUUUGCUGUUAAACUACUUGAGAUCAUAACAAGUUAAAUUAACUAGUAUUUUUAAAAAAUUAAUGAAGUAAAAAAAAAAAAAAAAAUAUGACGGAAAGUCUGCCAGAGGAUCAAAACAAGAAUCAAAAUGAGAAAACCGAAGAACAAAUUACAUCCUACAACAAUGGCAGUGAAGUUUAUCAUAUUGGAGACACUGUUUACAUAGAAAGCCAACGUUCUGAUAUGCCAUACUACAUAUGCUCAAUAAGAGAUUUUAAAAAGAGUAAGAAAGAGAAUAUUACUAUUGAUGUAGUAUGGUAUUAUCGACCAUGUGAAAUUCCAGCUUCUGUUUAUCAGUUACUUCUUCAAGAUAGAAAUGCAGAAAAUGGAUCAGCUAGUAACAUUUUGGAAAACCCAGUUGUUAAAGAGCGUGAAUUAUUUAUAUCUGAUGCUAUUGAUAUGUACCCUGCUUCUGCAUUAAGGGGUCGAGCAAGCUGUGUUCCUUUUUCAGAAAUCAAAGAAAAUGUAAUGGAGUAUAUAAGCUCUGAAGAUAACUGGUUUUACAUACUACGUUAUAAUCCAGAAUCAAGGAGAAUGGCCAAUGCAAAAGGAGAAAUCAGGAUUGGGGCAAGUCAUCAGGCUUCGUUGCCUCAAUGUAUACCUUGGCAUGAAAGAAGUGCAGCAGAACUUAUGGAACUUAAUCAAAGUAGCAUUGAAGAAUUGGUUUGGGAACCAGUUAUUCCAAAUUCCAAGCUGAUUGUAUAUAUACGUGCAGCGCGUAGUAUUACUUCCUAUAAUGGUUAUCGUGAUAAAGAAAAUGGUGGUCCAGAAAAAGCACUUGAUUCAUUUUCUCAAGAUUUUACAACAGCUCAUUCUUAUGACAUACUUCAUAAACAUGGAUAUAAUAUAUCAACUGCUCUACAAUACUUAAUAAAAAAUCCUGUACCUAAGCUAUCUACAGCACCUUGGAGUGAUGAAGAGAGAAAAAAAUUCAUGAAGGGUUUGCGAUCUUACGGAAAAACAUUUCACAAAAUUCAAAAAGAACUUUUUCCUGAAAGACAAACUAGUGAGUUAGUUGAGUAUUAUUACAUUUGGAAAAAAACAGCAACAGCGCUUAGUUCAAGACCACACAAAAGAGGUAUUCGAAGAAAUAAUCUUGUAAGAAAAACAAGAACUGCUAAACCAAAAACAGCUGCUGCAACUGAGUUCUUGGAUUUGAGCUCUUGCAGUGAAAAUGAUUUUAAUGUUUGUGAUGACAGUGAAAAUGAAAGAGACUUAAGCUUAUAUGCAUGUCGUCAUUGCUAUACAACAAAAUCUCCAAAUUGGCAUCAUGCUGGCAAACACAAGCUUCUACUUUGUUAUAAUUGUAGGAUGCAUUUUAAACGUUAUGGUCAAAUGAAAAAUUUUAAGGAUGAGGACAGACUUGAACCUCCAGCAUAUAUUUAUAAAGCUGCAUUUGUUAAUCUUGAAGAACAUCUUCAAUACUCAGGACGAAUGCGUACUAGACGAUCUUCCACACCAAUUUUUAUGAACGGCAAUAACAUGCGUAUUAGAGUUUUACAAGAAGCUAAAUUGUCUAAUCGGAAACAAGUUACAGAGACAGAAGAUAAAAGUAAUGAUCAAGAAAAAAAAGCAUCUAAGCGAAGAAAUUCAAAAGAUAUGAAUGAAAAUGAUAGAGAGCAAAAAAAAGGUCGCUUGGAAGCUGAUGAGGAUGAGGAUGCUGACGAUGAAUCAGAAGAUGAUAGUGAAACAGAGAUUCAUAGUGAAAGUAAUGGACAGAUAUCUAAUAAUAGUUCUGAAUCUCAAUCUCCAGAAACUGCAGUUGAAAAUGAACUAGUUUCUAAAGUUUCUGAAAAUCCAUCAACUUUUGUACCAAUUAAGAGUGAAGAGACUUGUGAUCCUGAUAUUAUUCCAGAUGAUGAAGUUUCAUCAUCAUCUGAAGUUUUAGAUGAUGUUGAAAAAUGCGAAAAGAUUUCUAAACGUUUUAAAUGUGAAUUUGCUGAACCUUCUUGUGCUAGAUCUUCUAUGGUCUAUGUGUUUAAAAGAAUGAAACAAAGAUUUUCUGAUGUUGAGGUUUCAAAAAGGCAUAACGAGCAAAGUGAUAAAUUGGAUCAUGAAAUUAAAAACCAGUACAUAAUUAAUUCUACAAAAGAUCAACCUGCUCAAAUUACUUCAUAUUCGGAAACUAUGAGAAUGUAUGGUACAAAAGCUGAACCAUAUCGUCAAUGGCAUGACAGGUAUUCAACUUCUCAUGAUAACCAUAGCCCUAGAAUAAUUAGUCCAAGGGAGCAUUUUAUUGAUUCAGGAAAGUUUAACCAUUUACUUAAAAUAUUUGAUAGGCAGCAUUAUGAUCAUCGGCACACAUCUAUGCCACAUGAAGCAAAUCAUCCAAUCCCAUUUGUACCACGAUCAAAUGAUCAUGGGUGUGAUUACCGUACAUUGUCCGGGAGAAGUUUUAUAUCUUCUCACGUACCAGCUGCAAUUGAGAAUUUGUCACGGUUAUCAUCUGGAAUCGAAUCUAUUGAUAGAGCGUCUAACUUAGAUAGACCAUUACCUAUUGAUCCUGUAACUGGUCUUCCUCCUAUUCAACCUCAUCUUCACUCUCACUUACAUACUCACACUCACCUGCAUGUGCAUCCGGAUGAUUUAAAAUACCGAACACAUCCGCUUCCUUCUGAAGCUCAUCACGAAAAACACGAAAUUCCAAUACCUCGUCAACCUCAACAACAUUUAACGCCAGUUCAUAGACCUAGAAGUAGAGAGUAUCAUGAGCAUUUAUUAAAACAAUAUCCUGAACUUUAUGCUCAGAUGCACCAUGAUACUCAUCUAAGUAAACAUUUUUCGGGGAACAGAGAUGCUUUAAAAAACACUAAUAGAGAUGCGGUUAUCAGUCCUAAUUUAAGUCAUGAAAUUCCUAAUAUGCACAAUGAUCCAGUUGCUUAUCACCUUUGGCUUACACAGUAUGCGCGCAUGCAUCAUCGAUGGAAUUCUCAUAGUAGUCCUCUACCCAAUCACGAUCAUGCUCCUGAUUUGAGUCCUAGAGGAGCUCACCAUUUACCUCACCAUUUCAGAAAUGAACAUGAAACAAUUUUACGUGAAAAGAUUGCACACGAGAAAAUUCCAAGUUUUGAACACGAAAAAAUUGCUCGCACUUUAGAGCACGAAAAGUAUUUGCGUCAUGUGCUUAAGCAACGUGAGCACGAAGUAGAAAGAUUUAAAAUAGAUCAUGGACUUCAUGAAAGGUCUGUUAGUUUACAUGUAUCAGAAAAUCAAAGUUCGAAUAGGCAUCGAGAUGCGCAUGUUGGAUUUAGAACUGGUGAUAUUAGAUCUCAUCGAUCAGUAGAUCAACAUCCAGCUAUUCGUUCUAAUGAAAUGCAUUCUUCGUAUCAUGGUGCUAUAUUUGCUGAAAACAUAAGACGCCCACAAGAUCUCCGAACAUCUCAUGAAGUAAGAUCUGCAUACGAACUAAGCAUGCAUGAUAGAUUAGCUAACGAAUUUUUAGAAAGAGAGAGAUUGUCUCAAAUGGAGAGAUAUGGACAGCAAGAUAGACAAAUAUUUUAUGAACGAACUCGACAUGAUCGUCCAAGUAUAUUUGGGCGGUACAAACCAGAAACAAUAGAUUUAUCUGGGGAAUAAAUUUUAGAUUUCGUAUUACCAUUAUGCUUAUCAUACGUUAUAGUAUGUACUAGUUAAAAAAUGUUUUAAUUUA